AUGCAUUCACUCUUAGUUUGGGCCGCCGCUGUGCUUUUGCCCUUGGCUUAUGGAGCAGGCGUCACUGGAUCUGCUUCAGGUGCUGCUCAUGGAGUAAGUGGUGGUGGAAGUUCUAGCCCCGUUACGCCUACCACAACUGCCCAAUUGAUCUCGUAUCUUACAGAUUCAUCAGCACGCGUUAUCCUCAUUACUAAAACAUUCGAUUUCCGCGGUACUUUGGGAACUACAACGGCAACUGGAUGCGUGCCCACUAGCAAUACAUGUGGAUCUAAAGGACAAAAUGCUAUUAAUGCAAAUGGCUGGUGUGGAACUGCUCCCGCAACUUCAGUCAAAUACGACCUUGCCGGCACCACCCCAAUUUAUGUUAAGAGCAACAAAAGUAUUGUUGGUGUAGGCAGCGCAGGUGUUAUCAUUGGUCGAGGUUUAUAUCUAAAGGGUGUUACGAACGUCAUCAUCCAAAACGUUCAUAUUACCAACCUUAACCCUUCAUUGAUUUGGGGUGGUGAUGCUAUUACCUUGGUAGGAACAGACUUGGUCUGGAUUGACCAUUGUAAAAUCUCACUCAUCGGCCGGCAAAUGAUUGUCACUGGAUACGAUGCUGCCGGAAGACUCACAAUUUCUAACAAUGAACUCGAUGGUAAAACUUCAUGGUCCUCAAGUUGCAACGGCGAACACUAUUGGACAAUGCUCUUCUACGGAGCCGCAGAUUAUGUUACACUCUCAAACAACUACAUUCAUCAUUGCUCUGGUCGUGCGCCAAAGGUUGGAGGGUCCGGUACUAUUACCAUGCACGCUGUGAACAAUUACUUCUACAACAUUGGAGGUCAUGAUUUCGACGUUGGCGCAGGCGGUGCCGUUUUGCUAGAGGGCAAUUACUUCCAAUCCGUCACAAGCCCCAUCACCGCCGCUUCUGCUACGGCCGGAGGAUCUAUCUUCAACACAUAUGCUGGAACCGAAUCAACUUGUACCGCAUAUCUUGGUCGUGCCUGUGUGGCCAAUGCACUAACAAGUUCGGGAGUAUGGCGCGGGUAUGGUACAAGCAAUUUCUUGACCACAAUCCAGGCCAAGGAAAGUGGCCAUGUGCCUACUGCUAUGGCUGCUUCGCUUGUGCCUACUUAUGUGGUGGCUCAUGCUGGUAUUGGAAAGCUUUAA